AUGGCUCCAGGCGCUUCAGACCUCCUUAUCAUGGAAUGGACUCUCAUUUCCUUGUCGACGUUAGUCAUUGCCGCCCGUAUCUGGCUACGAUUAGGCCUUCAAAAACAGCGUCUGCUUGGAAGUGAUGUGUGGAUGACGAGUGCGUGGGCGAUGGGUAUCAUCACUGCCUCGUUUUGCAUCACCUAUGUCCAUAUGGGUGUCAUGGAAGAUGGCAUAGAUCCGGGUUUGGAGGCGUUUAAGGCAUCAGAAGAAAGAAAGGAGUUGAUUCGCAAGAUACUCUGGAUAAGCACUCUUCCUUUUGUGUCGUCGUAUUAUCUGUGCAAAGCUGCUCUGCUUUGUGUCUAUCAUCAGGUAAUUCCAAGGUUUAUGACGAAGCGAAGGACUUUUCUCUGGGCGACUGUGGGUUACGUUACAGCCUCAUACGUUGUCACCCUUAUUCUUUUGUUCACGAUAUGCACUCCUGUCAGCCGUUGGUGGACAUCUGAUGCUGACCGCCGAUGCGAAAGAGAUCCAGUCCUGGGAGCUUUUAGAGCCAUUUGGGCCCUCAACUUCUCCAGCGAUGUUUUCAUAUUUGUGCUCCCUUGGCUAAUUGUCCCUGAUCUCAUGAUCAAGGGAUGGCUUCGCGUUGGAGUGUAUUUUACCUUCCUCUUGGGCCUGAUCAACAUGACUCUAAGCAUUGUCCGCUACACCAAAGUCUACGCUGGUGGUGAAGUAUCAUUAGUCACGUUGCACUUUUGGAAUUCGCUUGAUUUGUACAUUGGUCUUGUCAUCGCCUGCCUACCUGCGUUGAGGCCCUACUUCAAGUACGCAGCCGAUUCACGCGCUUUCAGCUAUAUGAAAAGCAAAACAGGUACUCGCGGAGGUAGUCAGUACACAGGGAAUGCUACCACUGCGUCGUCUCAUGCUGUCAAGCUUUCGCAAGUUCAUCAGCCCAAGGGAUCUUUUGACGUAUCGACAGAUCGUGUGUCGCAAUUAUCCUUAGUCCAUACAAGGCCUGAGGAUGAAGAGAGAUACUAG